GCUGUGAAGCGUUCGUUCGUAAGUCAGGUAGAAAUAGCUGAUUAGAGAUGUGCAACAUGAUCUUGAAAUGCUACUGUUGUAGGCAGAAAAGGGGUUGGGCGCCCGGCUCCGCUAGUGAUCGUCUAGACUAUGAAACGCGGUGUUCUGUAAGAAGAUCAUGACAAACGUGAUGCUGUUCAUCACUCGUCAGGAAGAAGAUGAGCCUUUUCAGAUACGCGCCUUGCAUGGGUCGAGGUUAAACGCAGCAUUAUCCGUACAUACAGUACGAUCGGAUCGGGAUAAGAGAUCCAUUGUCAGAAUUGCCAGCAUCAACUCAAACCCAUGUUCUCGUUGCCCUGUAAUUUCUGUGUCAUGGCAAUCAUGAUAUCUCGGGUCCCAUCAAAUCAGAAUGCAGAAUAGGAUAU